AUGCGGACCCGAAGCAUCGUGGCCCUGGCCGCCAUCGCCAUCUUCUGGCUGGUCGUCCUCUUCCGCCGUCACAUCCACGAGCUCGGCGAGAUCGUCCUGACAUACAGCACCUUUUACCCGCUGCUUCAUAAGCACCCAGACAUCCUGUAUCGACACCCGGAGAACUCGUCGUCGCUUCUGCCCGAGCUCGAACCGCCUUCGUCAACACUCAGCCCAGUCGUCGUGCCCAAGAUCAUCCACCAGAUCGCCCUGGGCAACGCCAGCGUCGCCAAAUACCAGGCCGCCAUCUCCAGCUGCACGUCGCUGCACCCCGACUGGAAGCACCAGCUCUGGACCGACGUCAACGCCACAGCCUUCAUUGCCGAGUUCUAUCCCGACAUCCUGCCUCACUACACCGGCUACGCCCAGAACAUCCAGCGCGCCAACAUCCUGCGAUAUGCCCUGCUGCACCACUCGGGCGGCGUCUAUGUCGACCUCGACGUAACCUGUCGCGUCCCCCUCGACUCCACGCCCAUUGUGCGCCUCCCGUACGUCUCGCCCGGCGCCCACCCCGCGGGAGUCAACAAUGCCUUCAUUGCCACGCAGCCCGGCCAUCCGUUCUUGUCGCAGCUUCUGGAGAAUGUGCCCAGCCAUGACCUGCACUGGGCCCUGCCAAUGCGCAUCCCCUACGUCGAGAACAUGCUGAGCACCGGGUGCAUGUUUUACUCCAACCAGUGGAUGGCCUACGUUCGCGACGUGCUCAAGGGGCGCCAGAGCAGCCGGGUCUACAUCCUGUCGGACGAGAAUGGCGACAUGGCGCCGCACAUGCUCCGAGGCAAGGUCACGACGCCCAUUUUCGUGCACGGCGGCGCAAGCAGCUGGCACGGCUGGGAUGCCGCCCUGUUCCUGAUGAUUGGCGAGCACUACACCUUUUAUCUGGGCCUUCUCUUUGUCGCCCUGACCGUCAUCUUUGGCGCCGCCUAUAUCUGCACAACAUCAAGGAGAUCGUACCGCCGCAGAUGUCGCCUGUUUGGCGGCGUGGCAGCAGCCCGCAACAGCUGGUCACCCACAAGACAACGAAAGCCCAGCAUCAGCCAGUCCAUGGUAUAG